CAGUCCAAAGUGGAUUUAAUAUAGUAGCGAGAGUCCAGUCCAAAGUGGAUCCAAUAUAGUAGCAAGAGUCCCGUCCAAAGUGGAUCCAAUAUUGUAGCGAGAGUCCAGUCCAAAGUGGAUCCAAUAUAGUAGCGAGAGUCCAGUCCAAAGUGGAUCAUCUAAUAUAGGGUAGUGAGAGUCCAGUCCAAAUUUGAUCUAAUAUAGUCGCGGGAGUCCAGUCCAAAGUGGAUCCAAUAUAGUAGCGAGAGUCCAAGCCAAAGUGGAUCUAAUAUAUAGUAGCGAGAGUCCAGUCCAAAGUGGAUCCAAUAUAGUAGCGAGUCCAGUCCAAAGUGGAGGCGGAUCAGCAGCGCAGCGAUGUACUUUCAACAUACACUUGAAGCGCUAUAUAAAUAUAAUUCACUUCACUUCACCUGUGUGGCAGUGACUUAAAACAAGGGUUGUCAUGGUUACGGAUCCUUUCUCACGGUCUCAAAGGAGUUCCGCACCGAAAAAAUGAACACCGUGCUCCAAUGUCGGAUAAAAGUGGCCACUUUCUCAACUGUGUCUCGAGGUGUUCUAUCUAAUGUGGAAGUUAUGCUCCUUUUUUUUCUUUUCUGUUUCAUGUUUGACAUUUGAGAAGAGAAUCCGUGUUUUGUUGUCGUGACCUCUCUCGCGCUCUUGGCCACGUGUGAGUGCGCGCGCAAGCGCAGUAGGGGGUGCAGGUCUGAGGACGGAGGACGCGGCACACGGCAGCUGAUAAGCGGCUUUAAUUAGGCUCAUUUGGCCUCUUUGGGCUCCGUGGGGUGAGUGGUGGAAUACACCCGCGUUGGGAGGACUCUCCACCGGACACUUUCCCCUCACACCGCCCGGGGAGGAGCGUCGUCCAGCGGCUUCGGAAACUUUUUUUUCGGCGCUUCGUUAAAAUGUCCCUUUUCCCCGCAACCACUUUUCUCCUUUUCGGCCACACGGUGACGCUGUAGCCGCUGUCUUUUUCCCUCACAUAAGACCACUUUUAGGGACACUUUUAGGUCCCGGAGGAUGAGGCUCCAGCACGGCGGCCACCACCAUUAUAACCACCACCACCCACCCCGUCCUUCAUGAGAGGCCGGGACAGAGGCGAGGAGCCGCGGCCGUCGAGAUGACGGUGAACGUGAGCGCGGCCGGAGGGUCCUCGGGGGGACCUCCCCGGGGACACAACGUGGCGGCGCUGGUGUUCGGCGUGCUGCUGAUCGUGGUGGUCAUCGGGGGGAACCUGCUGGUGUGUGUGAGCGUGUGGAUGGAGAAGGCCUUAAAAACCACCACCAACUACUUCAUCGUCAGCCUGGCCGUGGCAGACCUCAUGCUGGCUGUCCUCGUCCUGCCCCUCUUCGUCUACUCGGAGUUCCAGGAGGGCGUGUGGACCCUCAGCACGGGCGUGUGCGACGGCCUGAUGACAAUGGACGUGAUGCUGUGCACCGCCUCCAUCUUCAACCUGUGCGCCAUCAGCGUGGACAGGUUCAUCGCCGUGCUGAUCCCCCUCAACUACAACAGGAAGCACGUGGACCUGCGGCAGGCUGUGCUGUUGUCGGCCACGUGGAUUCUGGCGUUGGCGGUGGCCUCGCCCGUCAUGUUCGGCAUCAACCAGGUGGCGGGCCGCGACCCCGGCGAGUGCAAGCUGGAGAACGACGACUACGUGUUGUACUCGUCCGUGUGCUCCUUCUUCAUCCCGUGUCCCAUCAUGCUGCUGCUCUACUGCGGAAUGUUCCGCGGACUCCGGCGCUGGGAGGAAGCCCGCAAGGCCAAGCUGCGGAGCAGCAUCCAGGCCUGCCGCAAGCUGCAGGAGGCCGCCGCCUCCUUGCCGCCGCUGGCCGCCCUGCCCCCGCCCCUCCCCCCCGUCAUCCAGCGGGAACCCGCCGACUCGCCGGACGAACUCUCCCCCUUGUCGUCCGCCGAGAGAACUUUCCCCCCCGCCGAGCGCAAGGAUAGCAACGUGGCCACCGUCAGCUUGGCGGACAUCAACUUCAAGUGUGAGCCUCGCAGCAGGAAGCCAGCCAAGAUCAACAGCAGGGAGAGGAAGGCCAUGAAGGUCCUGCCCGUGGUCGUAGGCGUCUUCCUGCUCUGCUGGACGCCCUUCUUCGUCCUCCACACGCUGAGAGCCCGCUGCCCGGGUUGCCGCGUGCCGGCGGCGGCCAUGAGCGUGGUGACGUGGUUGGGCUACGUCAACAGCGCCCUCAACCCCGUCAUCUACACCGUCUUCAACACCGAGUUCAGGAAGUUCUUCAAGAAGUUCCUCCGCCACUGCUGCUCUUUCCACGCCACCUCCUGAGAUCAUUCUAGUCCGCUUGUAGUUCGCCGCCAUGGCCACCAGAGGCCGCCGUCUUUGCGCCUCAGGUCCAUCUUGGAAAUAAAUACAAACGUCUCCAGGCUA